AUGAAUGGAUGGAAAAAACUAUCCCUCUCAGAUAGAGAAGGGGGUGAAUUCAAAUUUCAAGCGCAGCACAAAUCUCAAGAGUUCUCGAUUGUGGCGAAGUUCUUCACACCUAGAGCUCUAAAUGUGGAAGCAAUAGCACGCACCUUUAACCCUAUCUGGAGAUCAAAGAAUGGGUUUCAGAUCCAAAAUCUUGGUGACCAUCGAUUAUUGUUCAUAUUUGAAAAUAAAUCAGAUGUGGAAAGGGUCUUUCGCAAUGAGCCAUGGAGCUUUGACAAGCAUGUUAUUGUACUACAAUACUUUAACAAAACCCUCCCUUUGCGUGAUGUGGUGUUUAAGGAGACUGUUUUUUGGGUUCAAGUGCAUGACAUACCGAUUACAUACAUGAACCAAGCUACGGCAGAAGCAUUGUGUGCAUCGAUUGGAGAGGUGAUACAUGUGCCGGGGAAUUCUACCUUGGGCGGACGAGGUUUUAUGAGGGUCCGGGUUCGAGUGGAUGUUACUCAACCCCUUUGUCGUGGUAGAGUGGUGACUUUGGAGAGUGGUGAGCAGUCAUGGGUGGCCUUUAAGUAUGAGCGACUGCCAAUUCUUUGUUAUUGGUGUGGACGUCUAAACCAUACCGAUAAGGACUGUGAAGAAUGGAUUCAGAGUAAUGGCACCCUCAAGCUAAAGGACAAAAGGUAUGAUUCUAGCAUUAGAGCCUUGCCUUUCUAUCCCUCAAGCAAAAAUUCUGUUUGUGUGCCUGGUUAUUUUGAAACACAGAAAUAG